AUACACGCACGUAAGUGAAACAAAAAAUAUUUAUAUACGCAUCUUGUAUUAUCUGCAAAUUUUCUGCUCCCUCCAGGAUAACAAGUUCAUAAACUGCAUUUUAACGUGUUGUUUGGAUUAUUUUUUCCUUUUUCUGCAGACGCCGGAUCUACCGGAUUAUCUAAUACCAAGACUAAAGAUGCGAUUCAAAGAUGUAGAGAAAGCAAGGGAAUUUUAUAACAGAUACGCCAGACACGCUGGUUUUGGAAUCAGGAAGACGGGGGAAAUGACAACCACAAGUAUUUUGUUUGCGCCUUCCAAGGGAUACACACAUCUUUUGUUUCAGAGGCCAACAGGAAGCGAAACAAAACAUCGCAGAGGACGGGCUGCAAUGCAAGAAUGAGGGUGAAGGUGCAGGAGGAUGACACAUGCGUGGCAGUGGACAUUGAGUACAAUCAUAAUCACCAACUCAUGCAAACUGAUGACAUGCUGGUAUUCUUGCACUCACACAAGAAUUAUGACCCCACUAUUUUGGAGUACGUAAAGCUCCUGCAGUACCAUGAUGUCAAGCACACAACAAUCAUGUCCAUGCUAUCUGAAAAUGAAGAUGGAAGCUACUUCCUAAGCAUGACCGGACGAGACCUACUAAACCAGAAAGCCAUGAAUGCAAGGAAAGAUGAUUUGGAUGAUGUAUUGAAACUUGCUUCAUUCUUCAAAGACAUGAAGGCAAUAAAUGAUGAGUUUUUCUAUGACAUCCAAGUGGACAAGGACAAGUCAAUUAAAAACAUUUUCUGGUCCAAUGCAAGCUGCCGAGGAGCCUAUCAAGACUUUGGCGACUGCAUAACAUUUGACACAACUUACAAGACCAACAGAUUUCAUAUGCCUCUGGGAGUGUUUGUUGGAACAAACCAUCACUUGCAGUCAACGAUAUUUGCUGUUGUCCUGAUAAGAGGCGAAGAUGCAAAGUCAUUCAAGUGGCUGUUCGAUACAUUUGUACGGUGCAUGAACAACAAGCACCCAACUUGCAUUCUAACAGAUGAGUUCAAAAAAAAAACAUCUUCAAGUUUCAUCAUCUUUUCAGUCUAUGGGUCUGUGUUGGGUACAUUGGUUUUGUCUGAAAAUAAUGUAAAGAAUGCAGUUCAACCACUGUUAGCACAGAAGUCCAACUAG